AUACGGAUUUUCAAUGGAAGCAUUUGAAAGUCUUGUUGCGAUUGUUAAAUUUACAUGUUUUGAAUUUUGAACGUUUAGUAGACUAGGUUUUCAGAAAAUAGGUGGGUCGUGUUUUUGGUUGUACUAUGGUAUUGGGUAACCUGGGAGUGGCUCCAGUCCACAACAGACACACAAUGGAUCGACGGACAGGAUUGAUACAUUAUUACCACUGCUUGGUCGGCCUUUUGAUACUGUAGCUCGUAGGCAAUUGAUAACAUGGUUUUUAGUGACUGUAAAAUCAUCUUGCAAUUGCUGUGUGUCUUCAGUGGCCAAUGUUGCUCUCGUCGUUAGUUAACUUUGCUAACAGCAGUGAUAUUGUUUAGCCGAAAUCUCUAGCUGGCUAGCCUACCCCCACGUUAGCGAGCAGUAACACCUGCGGGAAAACUGUUUUUAUACUCCAAGAUAGCCGCCUUUCAAAGAAUAUGGAAACCACUUUUGAUGUAAACCAUCUCUUCCCUGAAACGAUUACAGUUUUGGACCAAAACCUAAUUGCAGGUGGAAAAUCGCUGGGAAGGUCAGAUCCUCAACCCCAAAUUGCAGCAGUCAUUGAUGAACUUGGAAGAGCCUCAGCCAAGGCCCAAUACUUGACAGCCCCAAUCACAAGUGCAUCCAAGCUGCAGACCAACAAGCACCAUCUCUACCUGCUUAAGGAUGGAGAAAGCAAUGGAGGAAGAGGACUUGCGGUGGGGUUUCUGAAGGUUGGCUAUAAGAAGUUAUUUCUGCUUGACCAGCAGGGGGCGCAUGUCGAAACAGAGCCUCUGUGUGUCUUGGAUUUCUUUGUGAAAGAGAACCUUCAGAGGCACGGCUACGGACUGGAGCUGUUUAGCUUCAUGCUGCAGCACAAAAAGGUAGAGCCAGUGAUGAUGGCUUACGACAGGCCCUCCCCUAAGUUCCUCUCUUUCCUGGAGAAGCAUUUCUGUCUGAAAAACAGUGUACCUCAGGUCAAUAACUUUGUGGUGUUUGACGGUUUCUUCGCCAAAAAAUCAGCGGCCCAGUGGAGAAAGGUUCCCCCCAAAAAGCCGGACGGAGAGAUCAAGCCCUACUCACUAACGGAGAGAGAAGCUGUGCGAGAGGAGCAGAGGGCUCUUCCCUGGCCUUUGUGUCGCCACGCGGCUCCUCCCCUCUCUCCCCCAUUGUCGGUAUCCUCCCCGUGCUCCCCAAGCAGGGGCCGCCAGCGUCCCGAUCCGGCCCUGGCCCCGGCACCUGCCCCUGGGGCCAACAGGGGCCCGAACCCCCACCCUCCACUCAUCAACAGCCUCAACUGCAGGGCAAAGCGCACCAGCCAACAGGGCCUGGUUGCCAGGGGCAACCUCUACAGCCGCCACGUCAACACCCGGGGUUUUGGGCAGUUGUUGGAGACACAGCCGAACAUCUUCAUACUGCCAGGUUUGAGACCAGUGUUGAGAGACAGAGAGACUGACAUCGGAGGACAGAGAGAGCCACUGGGACACAGAGACAGGAAGGAGCCGCCCCCGUCCAGGAAGGAGCCGCCCCCGUCCAGGAAGGAGCCGCCCCCGUCCAGGAAGGAGCCGCUCUGUGCCCAGACCAUCAUGAUGGCCACCAGAGAACCAGACAGACAGGCCGAGACAGAGACCAGGGUGCUGGAGAAGGGGCUAGCAGGAGAGCCCUUUCCAGGAAGGGGUAGGGGAGAAGGAGGUGGGCCCCUGGUGGUGGUUGAGAAGGGACCAUCGGAGCCUGAGAGGGACAGAGGUAGAGGAGGAAGCUCCUGGGGAGUAGGAGGUGGGCCCCUGGUGGUGGUUGAGAAGGGACCAUCGGAGCCUGAGAGGGACAGAGGUAGAGGAGGAAGCUCCUGGGGAGAAGGAGUAGGGCCCCUGGUGGUGGUUGAGAAGGGACCAUCGGAGCCUGAGAGGGACAGAGGUAGAGGAGGAAGCUCCUGGGGAGUAGGAGGAGGGCCCCUGGUGGUGGUUGAGAAGGGACCAUCAAAGCCUGAGAGGGACAUGGGGACAGGAGGGUGGUCGUGGAUGCUGGGUGAGAGCUGCUGUAACACAGCCCAGUGGGCCAGGCAGGACUAUAGAAACACCAGACCCUGGUGACGCACAUGGACAAACAGACUGAUGAUUAGGGAUCAAGAGUGGGGAGAAAAGAGAUGAGAGAAGAAAGCCACAUAUGGAUACAGAUGAAGAGAAUAGAGAUAAGAGAAGAAAUCCAAUCCUCCUCCACUUCCCUUCAUCCCUCUUUCCUGAUCACUAAUUAGUGGUACUAUGUUUAUAACAAGACAGAAUGAGUGAGGGGUUUGGUCGGUACGCAGCAAUAGUCAGCCAGAUGUCUCUUAUCACUGAGUGUUGCAUCUGUCCCAAAUGGCACCCUUUUUAGUGCACUACUUUCUACCAGAGCCAAGGUCGUAGGGUGCCAUUUGGGAUGUACAUAGACCGUGCGAGAGUGUAACAUGAUGGGUUACAGCGCAAUGAUCAGAAUGUGGCAGUGAAUGGCAAAGUUUUACACACCUAAAAUCUGCAAGGGCAAUGGGAGCCAUGCUUGAAAUUCCAUUCGACUUGAGUUUACCAGACAUAUUUUAUGCCACUUUAAUUCAUUUUGUUGUAACCAUUUCAUUCAAAUGUGUUUUUGUGUGUUUUUUUUUUUAAAUCUGAAGAGAAAGGUAUUAUGUUAUGAAUGGCAAUGUGUUUUUUUCUAUAAAUAAAUUAGCUACACAGAC